UUUAACUGGCGGGGAUUUCCUUAUAUGGUCACGGGAGCGGACUCCGCCUCCUCCUCGCGGACUCGGGAAGUUUUCCAGCUCCGUGUACAGGAGCGGGACUCGGACCAGGAUGUCUCCCAAGAAAUGCAUCUUCGGCUGCGAGGGGAAGCUGAACCUGUUCGCGCUGCCCAAAGAGGAGCGGAUCCGGCAGCAGUGGAUCCAGUACCUGUUCUCAGACCAGCGGCCGCCCAAAGCCACCGUGUACGUCUGCUCGCGCCACUUCUCCGAGGACUCGUUCGUCAACAAAGCCCAGUAUGACGCCGGCUUCUCAGCCAGGCUGUUGUUGAAGGACGGGGCGCUGCCGUUCAUCCACGGGGACGUAGAGGAGUCCAAAGCGGCGGCGCAGAGUCCGGCGCUGCUGCCCCUCACUCGCUUCAGAAACACCGCCUGUCAGACCGACCCUGAACCCAAGGUCUCCGUGGCGACGCAGUUCUGUCACUACAUGGUGUCGGUGGGCACGCAGACGUCCUACUCCCCAUCUACGAGGUGCGCCGCCACUCAGCUGUCCUACAACACGCUGAAGCAGCACGUCAGAAGCAAAGCCACACAGGCCUCGGUGUUGCACUGUAACGUGGGAACGGUGACCACCCAAUCAGAGACGGGGAUUCAGCCGGGUGUCAGACCAGCGAAGAGACCGCGUCUGGAAAUGAAGGAAGAGGAGGGGGAGGAGCCAGAGGAGGAAGCAGCGCUCCCUGAAGCAUCCGACCAGUACGACCCCAUCUGCGAGCCGUAUGAGCCGGACGAGUCUUCGAGCGAGCCGCCCGACAGUCGCGAGGCGGAGGCCACGCCCUCCCACUACAACGACCCCAAAUACGUCGUGUUUGAGAGCUGCCUCAGAGACCUCUUCCUCACCUGCCCCGUGUGUGGGUUGAGCUGCGAGGUGCGGCGGCGGCGGAUGGGCACCUUCGUCUCCUUCAGCCAGCUGUGCCCCAGCUGUGACUACAGCAGGAAGUGGGAGAGCCAGCCGGUGGCGGGAAGCACGCCGCUAGGAAACCUGCAGAUGUCUGCGGCCAUUUAUUUCACCGGAGGCUCAUUCAGUCACGUGGAGAAGGUGUGCAGAGCCAUGAACCUCCAGGUGUUCCAGGCCGACACCUUCAGGCGGCACGCCCGCACGUUCCUCGAGCCCGCCAUCAACCACAAGUGGAAGCGGGACCAACAGGUGCUGAUGGAGCGCCUGAGGGCUGAGGGCAGCGUGGCGGUGGGAGGGCGGAUGAGGGCGGACCUGCUGGGACACUGCGGGAAGCUGGGCAGCUACACGCUGAUGCACCUGAGCAGCAGCAGCGUCAUCGACAUCCAGCUCGUUCAGAGCGCCGGGGUCAGCGGCAGCUCGCACGUGGAGACGGAGGCUCUGCGGCGAGGCCUCGAUCUCCUCCAGGUCAACCGCCUGAGCGUGGACCACAUCGUGACCGACCGCCACACGCGCGUGCAGAAAUACCUGAGGAAGCGAAACGUCCGCCAUUACUAUAACAUCCAGCACUUGGAGAAGGGUUUGUCCAGGAAGCUGAAGAAGCUGGCGAAGAGUAAAGAGUGCCUGCUGGUGCGGCGAUGGCUGCCCAGCAUCAGGAACCACGUCUACUGGAGCGCCACGACCUCCACGUCCGCGCCCGAGAAGGUGGCGAAGUGGAAAUCCCUCGUGAACCACAUCCAGAACGUCCACACUCACGACGACCCGCUGUUCCCGACGUGCGCGCAUCCGAACCGCGUGUCCGUGGAUCCCAGCAAGUGGUUCCAGCCAGAUUCGGUGGCUCUGCACAAGCUGAAGAAGCUCCUGCUCAACAAGCGAAUCCUCGCCGAUGUCGGGAAACUGAGUCACGACCACCAGGCGUCCACGCUGGACCGCUUCCACUGGCUUGCGCGCCGCUUCGCGCCGAAGAACGUCGCUUUCCCGUUCAUCGGCGUGCUCUGCAGGCUGUACCUGGCCGCCAUGCAUUUCAACGAGGACGCAGAGAGACACAAAGAGAGGAGUUCAGAGGUCACCGCCGAGCCUCAGCAGAGCGAGCCCAAACCCAAAUAUGUGAGCGAGCUGAUGAAGCUCCUGUUUGAAGAGGUUUUUAAGGAGCCUUCGACCUACGUGGACGAACUCAAACGGAUCCCCGUCCCCGACGACCUGAGGCCCGUCUGAGGACACGGAGCAGGAAGGAGGAAACUGCUCUAACGUAUCCACGCCGACUGUUACUGAGGGCCUUCACCACGAGUCCACUGAAGAACAUUUAAAUACAUGUUUGUCUUCACCCUGUUAUUUAUCUGUAAAUAAAGCACUUCUUAUUUA